AUGGGUACUCAAAACAGAGUUCUAAGUGCAGUACUGCUAGUGCUGUUGAGUGCAACCAUAUGCUUUGCAUCUAGAGCUCUUUUAAGUACUCUAGAUAUACCACCAUAUGGCACUGGCCAUGGUCUUGGUAAUGCUGGAUAUGGAAGUGGAGGAGGUAGUGGAGGAGGAUAUGGAGCAGGAGGAGAACAUGGAAUUGGAUAUGGAGGUGGAGGAGGGAGUGGUGGAGGUGGUGGUUAUGGCGUAGGAGGUGACCAUGGUGUUGGAUAUGGAGGUGGAAGUGGAAGUGGAAGUGGUGGUGGAUCUGGAGCUGCUGGAGGAGAGCAUGGUGGUGGUUAUGGUGGCGGUGGUGGUGCUGGUGGUGGUUCCGGUUAUGGUGCUGGUGGUGAACAUGGUGGUGGAUAUGGUGAAGGUGCUGGUACUGGUGGUGGUGCUGGUUAUGGUGCUGGAGGAGAACAUGGUGGAGGAUAUGGAGGUGGAGGUGGGACUGGUGGUGGUGCUGGGUAUGGUGGCGCCGGCGGAGAACAUGGAGGUGGAUAUGGCGGUGGAAGUGGAUCAGGUGGUGGUGGUGGUGCUGGAUAUGGAGCUGGAGGUGAACAUGGAGGUGGAUAUGGAAGUGGAGGUGGCUCCGGUGGUGGCGCUGGGUAUGGAGCUGGUGGGGAGCAAGGUGGUGGUGCUGGAUAUGGAGCUGGUGGAGCGCAUGGAGGUGGAUAUGGGAGUGGAGGAGAGCAUGGUGGUGGCUAUGGCGGUGGUGGUGGAUCAGGUGGUGGUGCUGGUUAUGGAGCUGGUGGUGAACAUGGUGGUGGUUACGGCGGCGGUGGUGGAUCAGGUGGUGGUGCAGGUGGUGGUGCUGGUGGUGAACACGGCGGUGGCUACGGCGGUGGUAGUGGAGCUGGUGGUGGAGCUGGUUAUGGAGCUGGUGGAGAACAUGGUGGUGGUUACGGCGGCGGUGGUGGGUCAGGUGGUGGUGCUGGUUAUGGAGCUGGUGGUGAACACGGCGGUGGCUACGGCGGUGGUAGUGGAGCUGGUGGUGGCGCUGGUUAUGGAGCUGGUGGAGAACAUGGUGGUGGUUAUGGCGGUGGUGGUGGGAGUGGUGGCGGUGGCGGUGGCGGUUAUGGAGCCGGAGGAGGAGUUGGUGGCGGCGCCGGUGGUGGUUAUGGUGGUGGGCAUUAA